UAGCAACCUGUACACAAAGUAGUAGGAAACGUGUAAAGAUAAUCGGGUGCUUUGUAUGGAAAAUCACAUAUAUCAUAGAAUAAUGGUAAAGCAAACAAUUCAAGUCUUUGCCCGUGUAAAACCGACGAAGAAACCCACCGCGGAGUACUAUGUGCACUGUGAGGAGCAGGAUGGUAGUUUGGAGUUUGUGGUUCCCAGAGACUUGGCAGAUGGUGUUAUCAACAAUAAGAGGGAAAACUACAAAUUCAGGUUUCAGAGGGUUUUUGACCAAACAGCCAAUCAAGAGGAAAUCUUUCAGGCCAUUGCAAAACCUGUUGCUGACAAUGUGCUGGCAGGUUAUAAUGGGACUAUUUUUGCCUAUGGACAAACUGGAAGUGGAAAGACCUUUACAAUAACUGGAGGCGCAGAGCACUACACUGACCGAGGGAUCAUCCCCAGAACUCUUUCUUACCUUUAUCAGCAUUUCAGCAAGAACAACAGCAUGAUCUAUACAACUCAUAUAUCGUACCUGGAAAUCUACAAUGAGACAGGCUUUGAUCUACUGAAUCCCCAACAUGAGACAUCUCGUCUGGAAGACUUGCAAAAGGUGACAGUCAUGGAAGAUCCAGACCAGAAUAUUCAUCUCAAGAACCUAUCAUUAAAACAAUCGGCAAAUGAAGAGGAAGCUUUGGAUUUGCUCUUAGGAGACACUAAUCGUAUGAUGAUCGCAGAGACGCCUAUGAACCAGGCUUCUACACGCUCUCACUGCAUCUUUACCAUUCACCUGUGCAGCAAGGAGCUGGGUUCAGCCAUGGUACGGCACUCAAAGCUGCACCUGGUGGAUCUGGCUGGGUCUGAAAGAGUGGGAAAGACAGGUGUGGGUGGUCAAAUUCUAACAGAAGCAAAAUAUAUUAACCUCUCUCUGCACUACUUGGAGCAGGUCAUCAUAGCCUUGUCGGAGAAGAAUAGAUCCCACAUCCCUUAUCGCAAUUCCAUGAUGACCUCUGUGCUUAGAGACAGUUUGGGCGGUAACUGCAUGACCACCAUGAUUGCUACUGUGUGUGCAGAGAGGAGGAAUAUUGAUGAGUCUAUAUCCACCUGCCGUUUUGCUCAAAGGGUGGCUUUGAUUAAGAAUGAUGCUUUACUCAAUGAAGAACUGGAUCCUUCUCUGCUGAUUGUCCAGUUGAAGAAGGAAAUCCAGUCUUUGAAGGAAGAGCUGGCUCUGGUUAUUGGAGAACAAAGGAGUGACAAGCUAACUCAAGAAGAAGUCCAGCAGUUGGAAGAGCAGAUAAAUGUGUAUCUGGAGGACCCUGACAGUGAAGUAACUUUAAACCUUGGGCCUGAUAUGAGAAAAAUCCAGUUUUGUUUCUCUACGCUAAAGCUUCAACCUUAAGGUUGCUGUCACAAUCACCUGCUGAAGUGACAAUGAACUCAGAUGGCACUCCACCCUAAACUGUCAUAUGUUUUGGA